UAAUGGCACAAGUCAUCAUGAAUAAACUGCUAGCUGGAUGACAGGCGGCGGACGCACUUUUGUCGUCAUGCGAACCCGGAACUACUCCCGUCACCGACUCAAACUCCUUGGGAGGACAGGGAGGCGAUUGUCACCUAUGGAGCACGUCAUGGCAGGGGUAGUGCUUCAGCUGGGUUUAGCCAGUGCGGGGGUCUUGCUACUUUAUCAGAUACUUGUCCGCCUCAGAAAGGGAGCUGCUCUGCAGGAUGCUGUGGUGGUCAUCACAGGGGCCAGCUCAGGACUGGGCAAAGAGUGUGCACGGGUCUUCCAUGCUGCAGGCGCACGGCUCGUGCUGUGUGGACGAGAUGCAGCCCGUUUGAAGCAGGUGGUCCAGGAGCUUACAGCGAGUUCGACAGGCUCGCAUCCACAGACUUACACUCCCAGCACUGUUAUCUUUGACCUGGCUGACAGAGACGCAGUGGACAGAGCUGCAGGGGAGAUCAUGAAAUGUUAUGGACAAGUGGAUGUCCUCAUUAAUAAUGCUGGAAUCAGUUACCGUGGCAACAUACUGGAUACUCACAUUUCAGUUCAGCGGGAUGUUAUGGAAACAAAUUACUUUGGGCCCAUUGCUCUUACUCAAGCUCUGCUGCCCUCCAUGGUUCGCAGACGCAGUGGCCACAUUGUCGUCAUUAGCAGUGUCCAGGGCAAGAUAGCCAUUCCCUAUAGAUCAGCUUAUGCAGCUUCUAAGCACGCCACCCAGGCCUACUUCGACUGCUUACGGGCAGAGAUCGAGCUCCACGGGAUUCAAGUGACAGUUAUCAGUCCUGGGUACAUCCGAACCAACCUGUCAGUCAGCGCCGUCACAGGAGACGGCAGCAAAUAUGGAGUUAUGGAUAAAACCACAGCAAUGGGUCGGGACCCUGCUGAUGUGGCUCAGGCGGUUCUGAAGGCUGUCUGUCAGAGGAGCAAAGAUGUUGUUUUGGCAGGACCUCUGCCUACCCUGGCCAUCUACCUCCGCACACUGUGGCCCGCGCUCUUCUUCAAACUCAUGUCCUCUCGUGCUCGCAAGGAGCAGAAACCCAAAGAUGAGUGAGGCUCACAACACGUUGAAGGCUCAUGGACCAAAACAUGAAACUGACUGCUUCACGUGGAGGUCAGUUGGACAUGAGAUGCGUAUGAAUUGUUUACAGUGUCACUUGUUUAGCGGUUGAAACAAACCAGAGACCCUUACGUUGUAAAGCUGAGUCGUUUUGAUUUGGAUUCCGAUUUGGUUUACAUAAAUACUGCUCAAGCUGUUACCUUUGUUGCAGGAGCAUUACUGUUAACUUGUAACUUCAUGAUGUCCGUCAGGUCUGGGAAAUAUUUUCAAAUGAUAAAGAGAAUAAAUAAGGUUUAAUUUGUAAACAUGA